GAGAAGGAGGAGGGGAAAGUUUCUUUAGGGCGGUAACUGGUGUGCCAGGAAGUAACCGACAAAAGAAAAAGCCAUCUGCAAAUACAACAGGUAGGACAACUAUCCCCAGCAGCAGUGGAAACAAUCUACCUUCCAAACAGUGUAACUCCAGCCUGUGACUAAGAACCAGAGGGGCAUCUACACCAUGGCAAGCUCACCAGGCCAGCAAGAAACAGACAGCAAAAAGCUAAAAAAGAGCCAAGAUGAAUAUGAGAACCACACAGAAACUGAUGCAAUCAUCUCAAGGACCGCAGCAUUGGAUCCAGCUGCACAAUAUAAAAUGAACAAUGUAAAGCGAGGUUUGGCCUUGAUCUUUAACCAUGAAAGGUUCUACUGGCAGUUAACCUUGCCAGAAAGACGUGGAACUAAUGCUGACCGAGACAACCUUCAUAGAAGGUUACAUGACCUUGGGUUUGAAGUAAAAGUGUAUAGUGACCUCAAAGCAGUGGAAGUGCUUGAAAAAAUCCACGAAGCAUCCACAACAGACCACAGUGACUUUGACUGCUUCCUCUGUGUGUUCUUGAGCCAUGGAGAAGAUAAUCAUGUGUAUGCUUAUGAUGCACAGAUUGAAAUCCAGAGGUUGACUAGUCUAUUCAAGGGUGACAAGUGCAAGAGUUUAGUGGGGAAGCCAAAGAUUUUUAUAAUCCAGGCUUGUCGGGGAAAUCAACAUGAUGAGCCAGUCUUGGCAACAGAUUGUACGGAUGGUGUUAUCGACGUCCCUGACACCAAUGUAAUUGAAGUGGAUGCUGCAUCCGUGUACACAUUGCCUGCUGGUGCCGACUUCAUUAUGUGUUACUCUGUAGCAGAAGGCUACUAUUCACAUCGUGAAACCUUAUUUGGCUCCUGGUAUGUUCAAGAUCUGUGUGAAAUCCUUAAAACGUAUGGAACAACAUUGGAACUGACCGAACUUCUAACUUUGGUGAAUCGGAAGGUGUCUCUGCGCUCUGUGGAAAAUUGCCUUGACCGUAACGCAAUUGGAAAAAAACAAGUGCCGUGCUUUGCAUCCAUGUUAACCAAAAAGCUCUUUUUUAAGCCAAAGCAGAAUUGAUCUUUUUAAAUCAUUUUUAUUUCUGUAAUACUUUUUUCCUUAAACUUUUUUUUUUUAAAUAGAUAUUUUGUUAUUCUAUUGUUCAUUGUUGUCCCCCCAUAAACAACUUUUGUAUUUUUUUUGUAGGAGGUAAAAGGGAAUAUAUUAUGAAAAAAUAUUAAUUAGGAAACUGUUUUUCGGUUUGUAGUUUUUUUUGUUUUGUUUUUUAGUACUGAUUGAUCCUUAGUGAAAGCAAAGACGGUGUCUCUUCAAAAUGUAUAUUGAUGAUCCUAAAAUAAUUUUACUUGUGAGAUCAAUACACUUGGCUAUUGCAUGGUUUGUAUGGUGAUCUUAGAGAAUUAUUGUUCUGUGAAAUAAGCCUGAAUAGGUAGAUAAGAGUUGUAGCAAUCUACCUGGACAUAUCAACAGUCCACAUACUGGUUUAUUUGUGAAACAAAAAGUUACCCUUCUUAAUGUGUUUAAAUGCAACAUUUCAUCGUGAGCAUCUCUCAGGUAAUCCAUUGUUAAUUAAUCUAAUAGAUUUGAAAGUAUGGUGUCUAUUAAUAUGUAUCUGUGUUUGUUUGUUUUUUUGUGCACAUGGAGCAGCAGAAAGGCCAGGCUUCCAAUGUUAUGCACAACUUCCGAUGCCAAUCCAGUACGCACUGAACAAUUGUGUCACCUGUGAAUUUUAUUACAUUAUUUGAAUUGACAGUACAUAAACCCCUCCCCCCCCCCCAUAAAAAUAUAUAUCAAUGCUGGAUGGUACGAAUCUGCACGGUUUGUAUAUGAAAUAAGAAGCACAGACACUAUUUUAGCUUUCCAGUCUCACUCCACAAAUAUAGUAGGGUAACUGUCAUAUGCCUUUACUCUGAGCACUGUGAGUUGGCACAUGCUACGUAUUACAAUUGCUUUGGUGUGAUGAUUUCACUAUAAUGUUCACAUGGUACUUGGGCUAAGCUCUGUUGUGCAGGGAUGGUUCAUUGGCAGAGAGAAUCAGGGUUUAGCUCCAUGCAAUUGCUUCUGAAUGUGACUGGUGCCCAACGGACACCAGAUAAGUUGUGAGAAUGUUCACAAACACUAGGACUACUUUCCCUGGAAGGGUGCCAAUGCACUCCUGGUACCAUAACCACGACAGCAGGCCAUAGAUCUGUGUGAAGAUCGGUGUGAAAAUCUUAAAAUGUAUGGAACAACAUUGGAAUAUUGGAGUAUUUUAAGUUUUUUUUAAUUUGUUUUUUACUUUAAGAUCGCAUUGAACCUACUCUACUGUUAUAGUGAUAAACUAACUAAAUUAACUCAUGCAUAAAGUUAAAGCAGGCCCUGAACAAGCCGAUUGAUUGAUUUCAUUAACAAGUUGCUAAAUGAAUCACAGGUCUUGCAAAACUCAUUUCAUACAAUUUAUCACAAACCACUCUAGAAUUGAAUACACCUGUAUCCAUUCCUUGACCGACAAGACAACAAAAUUAGGAAUUAUUUUGUUACUGAAUUACACCAUAUACAAAAACCAAAUGUACUUUCCUUUGAAGAGUAUUUCUAGUUUUUAAACUAAUCUUAAUAAACUACAUUUUUGUAAAUGUGUUAAUAUUAACACCUUGACAGUUUCAAAAGAUUCUACCAUUCCAUAUUCUGACAACAAAAGAACAUUUUGGAAACUUUAAGAAAUGUAAUAUGAUUUGCAUAGUAUGUUAUUUUUAAGUUGUUCGAAAACUGAACUGUUUACAUUUUUGCUAUCCAACAGAACUAUUUUAGUAGUUUUUAAAUGUUUGUUUGUUAGCAAAAUGUAUGUUUACAAAUUAGAUUCCCAAUGCACUUCUUGGAUGAGGGAUGUGUAUAAACUGCUGAACUUGUACCUCUUCUGUUUAUGCAACUCUUUGUGCUUAGGCUAAUUGAAUGCUAAUGUUUUGAAGAUCGGAUUUCAGUGCUAACUUGAUGAUAUAAAUGUACAGAGUUAGAAUUAAAUGACACUGGCAUCAACAAUUCUUUUUGCUAUAAAUUUGACUGCACUUUUAAAUCUA